AUGCCUGAUAUGAGCCUGAUCGAGCAUCUAGCCGGGAUGAUUCAGUACCCAGGCAUCGAGAGCCGCGCGCUCGGUCAAGAUCCCGGGACAGAAGACAUCGGAGAUCACACCGCGAACAGAGGCGGGAGGCUAGAUCGCGAAGUACUAAUCAUGCCCAACGUCCUCGCACUGAGUCUCGGUCCAGGUCUCAUUCUCGAUCGCGAAGACAAGACAACAGGUCCAGGCAUCGUAGAAGAGAGCCUCAUACCCAUGACCAUGGAAGGCAGGAAGGAUUGA